AUAAAGCGAUUUAAAAGUCCUUGUACGGGCUCGGGUUACUAUGGUUACGCUCGCUCAACAAAGUUGAGGUAUAAGAAAAUUAUGUGGUUAACAGGCACAUAACCAUGGCUAACUUGUUUUGAGUACCUAAUAAAACAGAUGGCAAAUUAUUAAAUGAGGAAGUAUCAUCAAAUGUUCUAGAACUCCCAGUCAUGAACACUUAUGUUGACAACCUCAUUGAGGAUGAAGCUGAGAUUGAGCUUCUUCUUGCCAAACCGACUUGCUUCAUCAUUAUUGGGAAGCCAGGGGUUGGCAAAUCUACUCUUGCCACAAAAUUAGCCCAGUCCUGGAAGUGUGUCUUGAUUGAUGACACAGAAUUGCUCAACCAACACAUCAAUGAUCAAAGAGCGCAAGGAGUAGAGCUUCUCGAGAUUCUGAAUGAAGGGAAAAGUAUCUCAGAAGAGAUGGUGGUCCAGCUGAUUCUGGACAGGCUCAAGUCACCAGAGGUCGAGCACUACGGUUAUGUGCUGAGCUGCUUGCCCUCCAUGUCAGAGGAGUACCUGAAGAUACUGGAGCAGAUUGAGUUCAUCAAGAACCUGAGACUGGCGCCCGAUUUUAUCAUAAACAUCAAGUGUGCGGACAGGGACCUGAUCCACCGCCUGGCGGGCCAGAGGCAGCACCCCCAGACAGGCAGGGUGUUCCUCAGGGAGCAGUGGGACACUGUGAAGAAAGAGACCACCAAGAAAAGGAAUGAGAUAGACGAGGAUGAGGGGGAAGAGGAGGAAGGGGAGCUGGAGGAGGCAGAGGAGGUGGAGGAGCGCGAGCUGCAGAAGGACAUGAUUACCCAGCUGGUGCGAGCGCAGGAAAACUUCCCAGAGAACGCCUACCGCAGGGUUCUCCUGUAUAAAGACACCAUUCUCAGACCUCUAGAGGACUACAUGGCAGACCAUGCUUCCCUGCACCUGUUUGAGCUGGAUGGGAAUAAAAACCCUGAGGAACUGUUCAUGUCAGUGCUCUUCCGUCUGGAGUCCAUGGCAGUGAGGAGGGUUGCUGUCCCCCUUCGGCUGCUCCAGAUCGACGAGGAAGAGCUGCCUGAUGAGAUUGACACGGAGGAGCUGUUGCGGACCAUGUCCUCCUCUAAGACAGUGGCCCCUGGGUUCAGGUGGAGGAGGAGUCGUUGGUGUAGAGCCUGCCCUGUGGCCCUGAAGGAAGGAAAGAUCAUCAAGGGCAAGCCCGAGUUCUCUGUGGGGUUCAUGGACAAAAUCUACAUCCUGUCGUCCCAGGAGGCCGUGGGGAAGUUCAUGCUGAACCCGCGACGGUACCUCCUGCCGCCUAUGCCGCGGCCGCCCUGCAAGGUGUCUGUGAUCGGGCCUCCAUGUGCAGGCAAGAGCACGCUGUGCGCCCUACUGGCCCAGCACUACGGAGCAGAGGUGGUGGACAUGGAGGUCUUGAUGAAGCCAGUCAUCACCAAGGUCAAACAGGACAUGCUGGAGAAGGUCAAGAGAGACUCCACCCUCAUGGCUAUCGAGAGGGUCAAGGUCAAAAUGGAACUGGACGCCACCCACGGUUCCAUAAACAUGAGAUCCAACAUCAGUGAGGAGGAGUCUGAUGACAAUGAUUCAGCGACAUCUACAACCCUCUCCUCGAGUGAACAGACUGAGGAAGUGAUGAUGGAGGUGACAGAGGAGCACCCAGAUGUACAGGCCAUCGUGGAGGAGGCUUUAAAGGAGGCGGAGCAGGUUGUAACCCCGCCCUCUCUGGACCUGUAUGCAGAGGUGCUGGAGAAUCACAUCAGAGAGAUUGAGAUGGCUGAUGCAGACUCAGAGAUCAAGAGAGGGUGGGUGCUGGACAACUUUCCCAGGAACAGGUCCCAGUUGGCCACCAUUCAGGAUCUCCACGAUGGGAUCAUGCCCGAUAUCCUGUUCUGCCUGAAAGACAACGAUGGGGAAGGUAGGGUAGUAUUGAAGAGGGUGUAUGAACAGAACAGGGAGGAGGUUGACAAGGUAAUCAAGAGGCUUGAAGAACAGCAGAAACAGAAGGCCCAGGAGGCUCAAGAUUCCUUAAACCGUAUGCAGCAGGACCCAGAGGAGGAUCCUAAGCCAACAGAUCCUCAGGCCAAACUAGAGGCAGUGCAGGAGGAGGUGGAGGAAGGCUCUGCCAAAUCUGAUGCAGAUGAUGUUGACAAAAGCCCACCUACCGUCAGCAUAAAAGGUGGAGAGGUGACUCUGCCUGCAGUGUGGAAGAGAGGCUAUCCAGACGGUCCAGAGAUGAACCCAUUCAAGCUGCAGCUGAAGCAGUUUGUGAUCGACUGGGAGAGCAUGGAGUCCUCUAUCACAGGCAGCUACAAUGUACUGGAGACCUCUGGCAAGAGCCCUGAGGACCUGGUCCAGGAGAUGGUCUUCCACAUGGAGAAGCCCUUUAAGUACGUGGGCUGGGAGCUGUCAGGAGUAGACCUGGAUGAGGAGGAGGAGGAUGCUCAGGCCUUGGCUGAGCUGGAGAAACCUGAGGAGGCAGAGGAAGAGGAGGAACAGGAGACAGAUGAGGAGGCAGCGUCUAAGAGGGUGAUGGGGGACACCCAACACUUCUGUCCCGUGUCCCUGAAGGAGAACGGGGCACUGAUCCCCUGUCUGGAUGAAUAUGCUGCCAAGUACAGAGAGAAAGCCUACUACUUCUCUAGUACUGAGGCCAGGGAACGCUUCUUACUGAGCCCCGAGACAUACGUCUCACACACACAGCUAUUGCAGGCCCCAGCUCUGAGAGUCUUCCUGCUGGGUACGAGGGGCUCUGAUAAGACCACCCACGGGAAAUGGCUGGCGGAGCAACUGGGGCUUUUUCACAUCCAGUUCAGGGAGUGCCUGCAGGAGCUGAUCCUGGGGAAGACCCAGGCCCGCGUACCCUACUCUGAUGAGGUGGAGCCCCCUGAGGAGCCCCUUGAGGACCUGGAAGCCCUUCUGCUGCAGGCACAGGGAGGGGCAGCAGUGCCCUAUACGGACGAGGAGGAAAAACACAGUGGGAAUGACAGCCCAGAGGAAGCCCCAGCAGCAGAGCAGGAGGUGGGGCUGAGUGACGAGGAGGAGGCAAUUAAGUCCUAUCUGUUUGAUGGAGCGCCUCUGCCUCAGGAGAUCAUGGAGAUGAUGCUGCCACAGUUCUGGGACCAGGAGCCAUACAAAUCGAAAGGGUUCAUCCUGGAGGGUUUCCCCCAAAACCCUGAGGACGUGUCCUUCAUGGUGGAGCGCCGGCUGUUCCCGGACGCAGCCGUGGUCAUGACGGUGGACGUGAGAGAUGUCGUGCGGCGUCUGCUGCCCCCCCGCCUAGCCAGCUGGAGAGAACGCCGUGACCGCAGGAGAGAACAGCUGAGACAAGUCAGGGAGCUACGCCACAAACUACGGGAGGAGGCCAUCACCCGGAGGAGGGCUGAGCUCAUGGCAGAGCAUGCCUCAAAGCAACCAGCUGCAAAGGUGAAGGAUGAGGAGGAUGAGGUAGAGUUUGAUGAGGAAGAGGAGGGGAUGGAGGAGAUCGAAGCCAUGCUAAUUGAGGAGUUUACUCUGGACGAGGAGGAUGAUGGGGAGGAUGAGGAGACAGAAGCGGCUGCUGAGGAGAGGCUGGAGAUGGAGAUCGGGGAACGCUUUGAAACAGACGACGCCAACUUCACUAGGAUGAUGGAACUCCUGGAUGAAAACCAGAUCCCUAAACUGACCAUCAACGGUGGCCGUAAGUCCAGGAUCGUGCGUUACCAGCUGCUUCAGAAGGUUCAGCCUCUGGUGACCAACAGGGAGGCCCACUUCCACAAGUGCCAGCCCAUCAGCUAUACCCUGGCCCGCAAGCUGCUCUGCUACUCCUUCAAGUAUAACAGCUUCUUCGGCUGCUGGGACCCCGUCAAGUACACAGAGGGAGACCUGAUCCAGCCAGUGCAGGGUCCUAUGAACACAUCCUACCCCGUGCUCUUCCACCAGUUCAUCUACUUCUUCGCCUCCAAGGAGACGAGGAACACCUUCAUCCUCAACCCCAUCAAGUACCUGAAGCAGCCCAAACCCAACCCCUCCCUUCCCAUCAAACUGGUCAUUAUCGGACCCCCCAAGUCAGGCAAAACCACAGUGGCGAGGAUGUUUGCCCAUGAGUACAGCCUGACUCGUCUGUCCAUUGGGGACGUGAUGCGAACUGUGCUGGCCAGCCAGGGUAGGACAGAGCUGGCCACCCAGAUGAUGAAGCACCUCUCCCAGGGCCACACCUUGCCAGAUGAAUUGGCCAUCCAGUGUCUGGAGGUAGCCCUCAUGAGCCUGGUCUGCAGCACCAGAGGGUACGUGUUGGAUGGCUUCCCUAUGACGCGUAAGCAGGCUGAUUUGAUGGAGGCUCGGAGCAUUAUCCCAGUGCUUGUGGUGGAGCUGCAGCUGGACACCGUGGAGGUGCUAAAGAGAGGCCUCAGUGACAAGAUGAAACCCAACAGUCCCCACCUGAUGCAUGACAGCCCCCAGAUCCUGAACAUCCGUACCUCUAAUUUCAAGCGUGAGGUAGAGGCGGUGAGGCAGCACUACCAGCAGCAGUACCAGAACUGGGUCUCUGUGGAUGGACACAACUCCAAGUGGUGGGUCUGGAACAGAAUCCUGGAUGAGGCCCGCAUGAGCAUGAGACACAUCCACACCUACCUGGAGAAAAUACGCACCGGACAUGCAGCUAGCAUCGACAGGCUGUGCAUCACACCAAAGGAGCUAAAUUCUCGGCUGGGUGAGUUUAGCUAUUACUGCCCUGUAAGCCUCGCCCUCCAUCGCCACCUGGUGGACUGUUCUCUCACUACAUCUCUGGAGCUGGCAGCUGAGUUCAGGGGACACUAUUACAAGAUGUGCUCUCGGGAAUACCUGGAGCUCUUCCUUGAGACUCCAGAACAGUUUGUGAUCCCGGGCUGCCCACAUGCUCUCCCCCCUCCCCACAUGUUGCCCAAGAAGCUGACGGCCGGCCAGGUGAAGGCCAGGUUCCCCAAACAGGUGGAGAUGAAGGGCUACUGCCCCGUCACCUACCUGGAUGGGAGGCAGAGGUAUGAGGCCCUGGUUCGUGGAAGCGUGGAGUACUCUGUGGAAUAUCGGGAACAAAUCUACAUUUUCGAGAACGAACAGAAACAGGACAGGUUUCUGAGGUUACCUGAGACCUAUUGGAACCAGAAGCUGCCCGACAAGCUGCCUCCUAUGAGUGAGCCUGUGCAGCUCACCUCCCUGCCCAUGCUAGGCUACAUGGAACAGGGCGUGGCAAGAUCUAUCAUUAAAGCUCUGACGGCCGUCGGUUGUCUCAAACCAAAGUUCCCCUACCUCAGUCCGAAAAGAUCAGCACUCCAUUAUCUGGCCUUUUAUUUGAAAGCCUUCAACCCCAGGAACUCGGACUACAUCCGCCAGAAGUACAAGAAGAAGCUGGCGUCAUUUGAGGAGAAUUGUGAGCUUAUCUCCUACCUGGGCUCCACUAUGACCAAGAAGUACAUAGCUCCUCAGGAGCAGCCCAUAGACUUUGAAUUUAAGCUGCACAGGUUUUUGGCCUUUGGAGAGUCCACAGAGGCUGCUGCUGGGGUGCUAUAGUACCUCAUGACUUGUGAAAUAUUGUUCACUGAAAUGAUGAGCUCUCAGUAUUUCACAGGGUGCAUUGUACUGUUGAUAUAUCAAAGACUGACAUUAGAAUUGCAGUCCUUUUAAACUGCUAUUAAUAUUUCUAAAUGUUUCUUAUUAUUUAACCAAAUGCAUUUUGUUAGAUCACCAUUUGUAAGUUGAAAGUCAAUGGGUUUUUCUUCGUACAUAUUAAAAACCUAGGUCAGUCAGAAA